GUCAGUGUGCUAUUCCGCGUUAUAACUCCGCUAUGAACCGCGCUCUGAGUAACGCUCUGUUCAGCGCUGCUUCACUCAGCAGAAGCCCAAAGGUAGCUUUAAGACGCGUCACAGUCCGCCAUCAGCACGGAGAUGUGUGUGACGUGGCAGUGGUGGGCGGUGGUAUCGUGGGAUUGGCCACAGCCAGAGAGCUCAUCCUGAGACACCCGAACCUCACCUUCACCCUUCUGGAGAAAGAGAGAGAACUAGCACGUCACCAGUCAGGGCGCAACAGUGGGGUGAUCCACAGUGGUGUGUAUUACACUCCCGGCUCUCUGAAGGCUCGGCUGUGUGUGAAGGGAGCGGCGCUGGCUUACGACUACUUCGACAAGAAAAACAUCCCAUACAAGAAAUGUGGCAAACUGAUAGUAGCGGUGGACAGAGAGGAGGUUCUCCGUCUGAAAGCUCUGUAUGAACGCGGACAGAAGAACAAUGUGAAAGACCUCACACUGAUUAAUGCUAAAGAGAUCAGAGAGAGAGAACCGUACUGCAGGGGGAUCAUGGCUCUGGACUCACCCCACACAGGGAUAGUGGACUGGCGUGAGGUGUGUUUAUCGUACGCUGCGGAUUUCCAGCAGGCCGGAGGCUCCAUCAGAACCAUGUUCACCGUCUCAGAUAUUACACCUGCAGCACAAAGUACACCUGAGAGCUCUGAGGGUCUGAAAUAUCCGGUCAUCAUCAGGAGCUCGAAGGGUGAGGAGGUCCACUGUCGGUUUGUGUUGACGUGUGGAGGUCUUUACUCUGACCGUCUCUCUGAGAUCUCGGGCUGCAGUGCAGAGCCACGCAUCGUACCCUUCAGAGGAGAUUACCUGGUGCUCAAACCUGAGAAGAACUACCUCAUCAAGGGCAACAUCUACCCUGUCCCAGAUCCUCGGUUCCCAUUUCUCGGUGUUCACUUCACCCCCCGUAUGGACGGGAGUGUGUGGCUCGGUCCGAAUGCUGUGCUGGCGUUUAAACGUGAAGGAUACACUCUGACCGACUUCAACACACACGACCUCACAGAUGCACUUGCCUUCAGGGGUCUGCAGAAGCUGGUGAUGAAGAACGUGUGGUUUGGUGUAGGUGAGAUGUACAGAGGGAUGUUUAUCAGUGCGCAGGUGAAACUCCUGCAGAGGUACAUACCUGAACUCCAAUCAAGUGAUGUGGUCAGGGGUCCAUCAGGAGUGCGUGCUCAGGCUCUGGACCGUGAGGGUAACCUGGUGGAUGACUUCGUGUUUGACGGUGGUGUUGGAGAGCUCGGCAGCCGAGUGUUACACGUACGUAACGCACCAUCGCCCGCGGCAACCUCCUCCCUGGCCAUUGGCAUGGCGAUCGCUGACGAGCUGGAAGCCCGCUUUGCUCUGUAGACACGCCCCCACUUAUGUAAUGUAAUGUCAAGACAGGAACACUGGGAGAGAGUGUGUGAAACACUCUUAAAGCAUUUUUAAUUGAUGAUGUCAUCAGUCUGUGACAUCAGUGACAUAACAGAGAUUGUGUUAUUACCUAAAAUCACCCAUGUGACCCUGCGUUAUUACACUGAGCGGUGACAGCGCUUUAAUCAUUUUAUAAACCAGGUUCUACAGCAGGGAGCUGUGAUGGAGGGGCUGAUAAAUAAAUCCAUGUUUUUGAUAAA